AUGCUCUCCCUCGAAUGGACGGCCUCCGACGGCUGGCAUGCACCCCGAAUAACCCCCUACCAAAACCUCUCCCUCGACCCAGCAACCUGCGUCUUCCACUACGCCUUCGAAGCCUUCGAGGGCAUGAAAGCCUACAAAGACCCCCAAGGCAAUCUGCGCCUCUUCCGCCCCGAUAAAAACAUGCAACGCCUAAACAAAUCCUCCGCCCGCAUCGCCCUCCCCACCUUCUCCGGCUCCGCCGUCAUCUCCCUAAUCGGCGAACUCUGCAAGCUCGACUCCCGCUUCAUCCCCUCCGAAAAGGGCUACUCCCUCUACCUCCGUCCCACCAUGAUCGGCACCCAACGCACCCUCGGCGUCGGCCCACCGGGCUCCGCACUCCUCUACGUGAUCGCCUCCCCUGUCGGCCCUUACUACCCAACGGGCUUCAAAGCCAUCUCGCUCGAAGCAACAGACUACGCCGUCCGCGCCUGGCCCGGCGGCGUAGGCGACAAGAAACUCGGCGCAAACUAUGCGCCCUGCAUCCUGCCACAACUCAAAGCCGCGAAAAAGGGCCUCCACCAGAACCUCUGGCUCUUCGGCCCCGAAGAAUACAUCACCGAAGUCGGCACAAUGAACCUCUUCAUCGCCCUCAAAAACCCUGAAACAGGCAAGAAAGAACUCGCUACCGCGCCUCUGGACGGCACAAUCCUCGAAGGGGUAACGCGCGACUCCAUCCUCCAACUCGCGCGCGAGCGCCUCAUUCCCGAGGGCUGGGACGUGACUGAACGCUACGUGAAAAUGCAAGAACUCGCCGACGCAGAAGCAGAUGGGCGCUUAAUCGAGGUUUUCGGUGCGGGCACGGCGGCGAUUGUGGCACCCGUAAGGAAAAUCAGCUGGAAAGACAGGAUGAUCGACUGCGGUCUGAAGGAGACAGAGGAGGCAGGGGAGCUGGCGAUGCGCAUGAAGGGAUGGAUGGAGGGGAUUCAGUAUGGCGAGGAGGAGCAUGAGUGGAGUUGGAAGGUUUGA